CCUCACCCACUACCCUCGGAUGGCUGUUUAUUUUCGCGUCCGUCAGCGACGCUGCGACGCUUCCGCACUAGCGAGCCGCUCGGCUUCGCGCGGAAGCGGACCGCUCCCAUGAGAGCGAAGGGAGCCGUAGAAUGUGCACAUUCGCCUCGGAGACGGUCACUUCGCAGAAGGCGAUUUACUUCCGAGCGACUACUAAUGCCUAACGGACUGAAUGUGCAAGUUUUUCUGGAACUGUGUUUCUGUAUAAUGUGAAAAAUUAAAAACAUAAAAUCCAGUGAAAAGUUCAAGUUUCGUGUGUUCCUCGGUGAAAUGCUUGCCGUGGACUAUAUUUAGGAAGAGCUGGUGAUCUCCAAGUUCAGCUGCAGCUGUCGAUGUGCAGCCUGGCCGCGUUGGCGCGCGGCUGCCGGCCCGCCGCCAAGCCGUGCUGUCUCUGCUGGUGCUGCUGCUGCUCCUGCUCCUGGGCUAAGUGGCUGGCGGCGCGCGGCUCGGAGGGCGGGCCCGGCAAGAAGCCGCGCGAGCCCGGCCCCGGGCCCAACGAGCCGCUGCUGGACGGCGACGCGCCACCUACGUUAGAGGAGAUUCAAAGUUGGGGCCAAUCUUUCGACCGUCUCAUGCGAAGCGCUGCUGGGCGCAAGGUGUUCCGCGACUUCCUGCGCGGCGAGUACUCGGAAGAGAACAUCAUGUUCUGGCUGGCGUGCGAGGAGCUCAAGCGCGAGACCGACCCCGACGCCGUCGAGGAGAAGGCGCGCUUCAUCUACGAGGACUACAUCUCCAUCCUCUCGCCUAAGGAGGUGUCUCUGGAUUCUCGCGUGCGCGAGACGGUGAACCGCAACAUGGUGGAGCCGACGCCGCACACGUUCGACGAGGCGCAGCUGCAGAUCUACACGCUCAUGCACCGCGACUCGUACCCGCGCUUCGUCAACUCGCCGCUGUACAAGGCGCUGGCGCGCAUGUCGGCCGGCUCGCCCAGCGGCGGCCCCGCGCCCGCUCCCCCGCCCGUCGCACCCGCGCCCCCGCCCGCCGAGACCAAGUGACGCCGGCCUCGCCUCGUGGACUAAUAUUAUGAACUGCACAUUUUGAUUAUCGUGUAUAUAGCUUCGAUAUACAUUAAACGGGUACUAAUUUUGUAUAUAGUUAGGCUAAGUUAAGGUGAGGCGCGCGCGGCCGCCGCCGCGGCAACUUCGCUGGUCCACCGCCGCCUGCGCCCCGCUGCCCCGAUCCCCGCCGCCCCCCCGGACCCGCUCUGCCCUCUCCCCGUUUCCCGCUCCUCCCGCUCCCCUCCUCGCCCUUGCCCCCGCAGUCCCUACGCGAACCCGAUGCCACGAUCGCGAGUCUAGUUUGAAGCAAUAAAGGUGGACCAAUUAAGUUUGCCAGUGAGUCAACGAAUAAAUCUGUUCAUGUA